CCGCUUUUGUGCAGCCAUCAGUAGGAUUUCGCUAUUCGCGGAGGACACGCUACACUUGUACAUGGAAUAACGAUACGUGCUCAUUCAAUUAAAUAAAAAGUAAAACUUCAAAAUGUUAACAGGAUGGCGAUUGGCGUUAUCGAAAUUAUUUAUAAUACCGCAAAGGUAUGUCUUGGCGAUCAUGGCCUUAUUGGCCGUAGCCAAUGCGUAUACUAUGCGAGUAUGCCUGAACUUGGCCAUCACACAGAUGGUAAAGAAAACUGCAUCGGCCCAUGCAAGUGUCAGCGUGGACUACGACCCCCUCGUGUGUCAGGAUCAGAAUGCUAUAUCUGCUAAUGCAUCUGACGUCAGGAAUUUCUAUGCCACUUCUAGAGCUGAUGAUCAACUAUUUGAAUGGAGCGAAGCAACUCAGGGUCUGAUCCUUGGUUCCUUCUACUACGGGUACGUGCUAACCCACAUUCCUGGAGGCAUGUUAGCUGAACGUUAUGGAGGCAAAUGGGUACUCGGCGGUGGUCUGCUAUCCACUGCCAUUUGUACCAUCAUCACUCCAAUCACCGUCAAACUUGGAGGAGCCACCGCUUUAUUCAUUUUGAGAGUCAUCGAAGGUUUUGGUGAGGGCCCGACGAUGCCAGCGUUGAUGGCGAUGCUGUCAAAAUGGGCGCCCAAAGCGGAGCGAGCUCGUUUCGGUGCCAUCGUGUUUGGUGGAGCACAAAUAGGAAACAUAGCGGGAUCGUACUUCUCUGGUCUCAUCAUGUACAAUGGAAGCUGGGAGCAUGUUUUCUACAUGUUUGGAGGGCUCGGUCUACUAUGGUUCGUUAUAUGGUCUUUGCUUUGCUACAGCACACCGAACACCCAUCCCUUCAUCUCAGACAGCGAGAAAAAAUUCUUGAACCAAAACGUUGAUGCCUUGAUCCACACUUAUUCAAAGAGGUUGGACCCCAUCCCAUGGAAGGCGUUGCUCCGAUCUGUACCUUUGUGGGCCCUGAUUAUUGCUGGUAUUGGUCACGAUUGGGGAUACUUCACAAUGGUCACCGACCUUCCUAAAUACAUGACUGACGUCCUCAAGUUCAACAUCAAGUCUACUGGUAUACUGUCAGCUUUACCGUAUGUGGCAAUGUGGAUCGCUUCAUUCUUCUUCGGUCUCAUUUGCGACUUCUGCGUCAAGAGAGGAUACCACUCCAUAAAGAAUGCGAGAAAGAUUUACACAACUAUUGCGGCAAGCGGUCCCGGUAUUUGCAUCAUCAUGGCUUCGUACUCUGGCUGUGAUACGACUCUUGCCGUUUUCUGGUUCAUCUUCGCCAUGACUCUCAUGGGGGCUUACUACAGUGGCAUGAAGAUCAAUCCCUUGGAUAUCAGCCCGAACUAUGCUGGUACCACCACAGCUAUGGUCAAUGGUAUCGCUGCCAUCUCAGGAAUUAUUUCACCGUAUCUCAUUGGACUACUGACGCCAAAUUCAACGUUGGAGCAAUGGCGUGUCGCCUUCUGGGUGUGCCUUGGCGUCUUAGUUGUGACCAACAUUAUCUACGUCUUGUUCGCGAAGGGAGAGCAGCUAUGGUGGGAUGAUGUCAAGGUUCACGGUUACCCUGAAGGUUGGAAGUACGGUGAUCUGCCCACGAGACAGGGCGACUCAGAAGGACAAAAGACCGAAAACGUCGAAAAAGACAAAAACUAAACGACUGCUUAACUUACUCUUUUUGUAAAUAUUGUAACUAUAAUAGGCUAAUUUUGUUAUUUAUGAAUAAGAUUAUUUAAUUCCAA